AUGGCGGCCGUGGACAUGCAAGUGCGGUCGGGCCAGCUGGCGGAGGAGCCCAAGAAGGACAAGCAGGACCCCGGAGGGGUGAGAAACAGCGAGGAUGAAAUGCAAUCGGGCAUCAAAACCUAUUACGAAAUGAAAAUUGAGGAAUACGAAUCGAUAAUAAAUAAGAAGUUACAAAACAAAAAAAGGUUAGAAGCUCAGAGAAAUGAAUUGAAUACAAGAGUGAGGGAACUCUGUGAUGAGAUUCAGUACUUGCUGGAAGCCGCGUCCUAUGUUGGAGAAAUUGUCAAACCGAUGGGGAAGAAUAAAGUACUAGUUAAGAUAAACCCGGAAGGGAAAUACGUCGUGGACAUAGCACAUAGUAUAAAUAUUGCUCAGUGCACUCCAAACACGAGAGUGGCAUUAUAUAAUGAUUCUUAUAAGCUACAUAAGAUCCUUCCGAGCAAAGUGGACCCCCUUGUCUCUCUCAUGAAAGUGGAAAAGGUACCUGACUCCACCUACGAGAUGGUAGGUGGGUUAGAUCAACAAGUGAAAGAAGUGAAGGAAGUAAUCGAAUUGCCAGUCAAACAUCCAGAGAUUUUCGAAUCACUGGGAAUUUCACAGCCUAAGGGGGUUUUACUAUAUGGACCACCAGGGACAGGAAAGACUUUACUAGCCAGAGCAGUAGCACAUCAUACGGAUUGCACGUUUAUAAGGGUCUCCGGAUCGGAACUUGUCCAAAAGUACAUCGGUGAAGGAUCACGAAUGGUGAGAGAGUUAUUUGUCAUGGCAAGGGAGCAUGCUCCGUCGAUCAUUUUUAUGGAUGAAAUUGACUCCAUUGGAAGUCAAAGGAUAGAAGGAGAGCACGGAGAUUCAGAAGUGCAGAGAACGAUGAUGGAGCUUCUAAAUCAGUUGGAUGGAUUUGAGUCCACACAGAAUAUUAAGGUGAUAAUGUGCACAAAUAGAAUCGAUAUUCUCGAUGAGGCUUUGCUAAGGCCAGGACGAAUCGACAGGAAAAUUGAAUUCCCCAAUCCGAAUGUUGAAGCUCGAAUGGAGAUUUUAAAAAUCCACAGCAGGAAGAUGAACCUCAUGAGAGGAAUCGACAUGAUGAAGAUUGCCACUGAUAUGAACAACUGCUCUGGAGCGGAAGUAAAAGCUGUCUGCACGGAGGCCGGCAUGUUUGCCCUGCGCGAGAGGCGCGUCCACGUCACGCAGGAGGACUUUGAGAUGGCCGUCGUAAAGGUGAUGAAGCAGGACGCCGAGAAGAACUUCACCCUGCGCAAGCUGUGGAAGUAG